CUCUCUCUCUCUCGUCUCGGUCCUCCGGUAGCGGCUGUUCAGCGGUGUGAAGGAACAUCGGACGAAUCGGUCGAUUUCUGCUUAUAAAACUGACAAAUCAGUAUGUUUUAUCACUUGCAGGACUGUAUUUAUGAUUCAUUCAUGGGUGAUAACCUAUUUCUGGUCUGUCCGAUUCUUGUUUUUGAAAUGAGCGGCUGUUAAAGAUCUGCACAAUCAGUUUCUUUCAGAUGAUGUUAUAAGCCCUGGAUCUGACGAUAUAUCCAUCAGUCCCAAUACUGGGAAUAGGGAAUGACACAUCCAAACAUCAGAUCAAAAUCCAUUUUAUCCUCUGCUUUGAGUGGAAAUAUGGACUGCAGCGGUGUUGCACUAGGUAUGGAUGUGGAGAAUAGUUUUGGACAGAAGAUUUGGCAGAACCUCCCUUCAGUGGUCCAUCUGGACCUCCUAUCCUCUAAAGGUUCUCCUCAGCUCCCGGAAAUGCUCCUGUCACCCAUGUUUCAGGAUUCAUGUCCCAAAGCCUUUCUGCUGUCAAGCCCAGAACUCACCCUACUCUCAUUGAACAGAAACUCUCCGGGUUCUCCAGCAGGUGCUCCACAAAUGUGUUUCAUGCCCACUCUUGAAGACAAUGCACAAUACAUGGUAGAGCCUAGUCACAACCCCAGACCUCUACAACAUGGUUGUUCUACAAGAGACUAUCAAGUUGGCACCAAAUCACUUUCCUCAGAGCAAGCACCACAUCAAAACAAGAAGAACAAUGCUUCAUGGGUUGACAGUGUGGAGGAAAUGGAGGAAGGACUGAUGAUUCAGUCAUUGUGGCAUCUCUCCCAGCAUGUUUCAUUGGCGAAUCGAGCCGGACGUUUACAACAGAGGGUGUUGGCCGUGCUUGGUGAACAUGCUUCUAGACACUAUAGCCACCAACUGGAGGGUUUGAAGAGCAAACUUCUUGAAACACUUUGUUCCCCGAAGUACCCCAUGACAUCAGAGCAUCUUUUUGAGACUUUUAAUGCUGUAGAGAUGCAGGAGGUAGAGCAGGCUCUUGGAAGAAACCGUCAAUACCCUCAAGCACACGGGCAACCUCUGAAAUCCAGAGAUGUGCAGAGUUUAGUCCACAGUGGUCAUGCUGUUCUGCACAGGGUGCUGGAGUCUCUGGAUUCAGACGCCACAGGGAGCAGCUCAGAUGAGGAGUCGGAACAUGAGGACACCAAAGAGACCUCAGUGGAACCGCAUUGUCGUGUCUGUGAGUGGAGAUGGCUGAAGGACAGAGCUGAACUCUGCAGUCGCUGGACAUGGCUGCAGAUGAGACUGUCUGAGCUGGACUCUCAGAUUCAGCGGCUUGGAAAACUCCAGCAGCAGAUCCUCUCUAAUAAGGGUCAUGUGGUUUUAGCAGAGUCUCAGCCCCUGACGGACAGGCAGAUCCAGCACACCCUGUGGACAGAGACUAUGGAUCUAUCAUUCACAGCUGGGAACAUGCGAGAUUUGCACUCUGAUCUAGAGAUGGAACCCAGCAGCCCCACACGUCUUCUGAGGAACAUUGAGAGACAGAGUGCACAGCUGACUCAGAUUGUGAACAGCCUGAUGCCAUCUUUGAGUGCUUCACCUUCUUCAUCACCUAUGUCUAAAGGAUCCUGCAAUCGCUGGAGAGGCCAACAGAAAACAGCUUACAGCAGCCAAGUGACACACACGGGUACCUUUGUUUCCAAUGAGCAACAGUGUUUACACAAAGUCAGGCAGAAGAGGAAGCGAACAUGUCACAGACGACAGUAUCUCCCUCAGGUGGAUGUCAUCUGUAUGUCAGCUCGGACACGACCGCUUCUGACCUAUCACAAGCCUAGACUUUUCGUCAUGGACCCCUUGUCUCACAAAGAACAGGUCCUGCAAUCUUCCUCUUCUCUUUUUCCCAAUUGCACCUCCUGUGAUUCUGCUUCUGUGUGCACAAACCCCGAAUGCCCCCGCAGAAAAGAGAGAACAGACGGCAAAGCGCAUUGUGUUCUAUCACUGUCCUCAGAAACUCCAUCGUCCUUCCAUCUGCAAAAUGCUCUGUUUGAAGAAAAUGUGCUUCAGCGAUCUCUCCUCGUGAAGAAGGAGCGGUCCAGUCCCCAUCACUGUCUCGGCUCCAGAGGCAGAGUCUCCCGAUCAUUAUUCCACUGCAGUCACCGACUGAAAAACAGAAGGCAUUUGAAGAGACACAGAAGGGAGAGCACUCCUAUACGAUGGGCAUGUACCCAAGAGCACAGCAGUCAAGCUUACAGGGAGGGCAAGAGGAGGAGGCACUGCUCCGACAGGCCAAUGGACUUGCAGAUCUCCAGUAUUACACCCAAUUCUGAUCUGGUCUCCCAGAGUGAUGACAGUCAUGUGGAGGAGUCUUCAGAGGAUGUGACCAUCUCUUACUGUACACCCAUACAACAGAGAAACUCACAGUUCCCAUUGCGCAGGAGAAACUGUGAGAGUAUUUCCAGCAUUGAUGACAUUGUCGUUCCCAUGUCUCUGUUCAACUCAUUGAAAGUGGAAAGACUUCAGUAUAAGAACAUUUUGACACCCAGUUGGCGAAAGGUGGCUAUUUCUCCUUUAUUGAAAAGAGAGGAGGAUGAGCAGGAGGAAGGGCUGGAAGCAAUAGAAGAUGAAGAUUUCUUUCAGAGACACCAGAGUUACGAGCGUAGAGAGAAACUGGCAGGGUCCUACUGGGAUCAGGACAGAAGAAACAGGAUCAGGCCAUGUAAGAGAAGCUGUUCUUCUGUGUUUGUGAGAGACCACCCUGCUCACUGUCACCCACCUCUAUAUUCUCCUGUCCCCUCCACCUGGACCUUCAGUCCCAGUCUGGAGGACAGAGAGGCAUUGCCACCAUGGAAGAGGCGUAUGUUCCCCCUGACUGGUGAAGAUGAGGAAACUUUGAGACUUCCAGAGCACCAAAGCACAACAUCUGAGAUGGACCAGGAAAUGACAUCAUGCUGAGGCACAAUCUCAGCCAUCAUGGUUCCACUCUCAGUUACAUAAAUCACUCUUUCUGCUUUUAUGCUGUUAUGACACAGUGUAGUAACCUGAUGUUUUUUUUUCACAUUGUUUCUUUAGCCUCUAAAGUUUUUUUUUCCUCAAAAUAUUUUUGUAUAAAUUAUUUUUAAACAGUGUUUGUAUCCUACAGCCUUGUCCAGUGUAAUUUAUUAAAUAUCUUAAGCCUGCCCAUUAAAAGUAUAAACUGUAAGGAAUUACAUAAUUUAUUAAUGUAACCUAUUUUUGUGAUAUAUUUAUUUUAAUAUAAGUAGUGUAUAUUUUUGUGCUCACAUUUUUGAAAGGAUAGAACAAAUCAUUAAUGAUUUCUUUUAACUCUCAUAACUCAUUUUACCAUCAUUUAUCCAGUACUGUGGGAAAAGCACUGUUUGAAAAGGAGUGUAUAAAUUUACCUCAUACAACAUUAAAGUGAUUUAGGCUGCCUCA